CAAACGUCCAUUCAAAUCGAUAAACCCGGUCAGGAAAGAAUUGAAUUGAAAUGUUCUCAGUGUAAAGGUAUUUAAACGCUGGCCUUGUUACGGUUGAUUUUAUCGCGUAUGAACAUGUCGCUUGGACAAGCUUUCGUGACUGCGUUCACUUAUUUCACGUUAACAACUGUAAUUGUCAACUCGGAGAUCUUCACGGCUUUGUCCCAUGUGCAAGGACUGGUAAAUAUUGAAAUGGAACUUUCGGACGCGCUAGAAGAUUACAUCGCCGAACAAGAACAGCGGUUAAACCGACUGAAAUCUUUUGCUGAGGAUGUAAGCGAAGCGAUGCAACGAGCGAACACGGAUAGAGAUGGGUACAUUGGACACCCUGUAAACACUUAUUUAAUGAUCAAACGACUCGUGAAUGAGUGGUCGGAACAUGUUAAGUCUAUUCAAGAGGAAGGGGACGCUGAAGGUAUUUAUUACGAUACUGCAAAUUUAUUGACUAAAUUUACCAAAGCAGUGUGCCAGUGUAAGGUAUAUUUAACAAUAAUGGUCAAUGAAUAGUCAAUAUGCCAUUACUUCAGAGCAGACGUUGGGACAGUUCGGAAAUGCGUAUUCUAGUAAUGUAGCGCUUUGGCAUUUCAUUAGCUUUCAUUGGAUGAAAUCCCGCGGUAAAACCAUGGAAAUGUAUCACCUUUGAAAGAUCUUUUGGAGAGUAACUAUUUUUCUCUUUAAGUAUUUUACAACGCAAAAUUUGCAUCUUGAAUUUUUACUACUGCGCACGUCAGUAAGUACAUGGUGUAUAGACAGUUUGACUGAUGAGGGCAGGCGCUUUACGUGAUCAGGUCAAAAGGAUAAUGCCCAGCUAAACAUUGCAAUGAAUUAUAAUGCUUUAAUUUAAAAGACAGUUUUGUGUUAACAGGAGACAGCAGAAGAACUGCAUGACUUCAAAAAUUAGGCCUGCCGUUCGUAUGAUAUUGUUAAAAAGACUUAUUUCAAGGUCUUUCUUUCCUGUUUUAUAAUCCUAGGGAGUAAAUAUUAUUGCCUUCUGGCAGUGUACUAUAAAUUCCGAGAUUAACUGACAACCUUCCAAUUUCCGGUCACAGGAAUUUGCGGUUCUCGUUCCCCACCUCUGUUCACAGGGUAACGAAGACGUGUGAAUAUUUUUUGUUUCUUCUGUUCUUUGACAUGUUCACAAUGCUUUCUUUUUAAACUCCCCAAAGUCUAGUUUAGUGAGUGCUGGAUAAUAGUGGGUGAUAAGUGGCUGUAAGCUCGAAAAAGCGAUUCACAAUACGGCGAACGUAUCGGAAAAAAGUUGGUCUUCAAGGCUAUGCCAAAACGAGAACGCCAGCGCGUAACUACCAGGCGGCUGCAGAGAAAAGAGAAAAAGAAAAACAACGACAACAACAAAACUGGUGCCGUCUAUAAACCGGUAAUAAUAAAUGACGAGCUCCAAAGUACCCUGGUCUUGGUUUUUUCGUCUUUUUCGUUAACGGGCCGAGAGCGUUUUGGUUCAUUGUCGCGGUUUCGCAGUUUAAGGACGUUUGAAGAGAACGAAAAAAGAAGGAGAAAAUUCCUGUGACUAAGGAGGAUGCAAAGUAGAACGGCUUUAGCCCCGUUUAUACGUAGAAAACUUGAAAUUGUCCCAGGCAAAGGUCGAUGCUGGGUCACCCGCCUACCCGAGCUACCCUGGGCGAACCAAGUUCUCCUACAUUUCUAUACAAAACUUCGAAGCGUUUCGCCUGAAUUUCAUCCGAUUACUUCGAGUCGUUAGAGGAGAAAACGACUCGAAGCAAUUGGAUGAAAUUCACGCUACGAAUCGUUUAGAUGAGAAACAAAACGUUGGCUCUACUCACCUGGCCGGGUCACCCUUUUUUGAUGGUAAGGUCAUUCUCCUAACCUGGCCAUCCAUUCUCCAUAUCAACAUUAACACUUUGGCUUGCUCGGCCGCGUAAACUCGGUCAAUGCGAGACAAUCAGAUCAUGCGCGAGUGCUGUUGACUCGGGAAAAAGGGUAAACCUUUCUCUCAUAUUAACGCUCGGUUAGUACCAUCAGGGGCAGACCAUUACUACAUUCGAAGCUUAACCUGAAUACUGCAAAUUUUUUAGGUCUUCUUAUUGACAAGCUCGAAAACUAUCAGAAACACUUCCCGGGGAAAGAUGACUUAGAAGGCGCUAUGGCCGCUAUUAACCGACUUCAAGAUGUGUACAGGCUAACGCCUUAUGAUUUCACUGGAGGUAAAUACGGGAUUCGUUCGGACUCAGGCUCCUUUCUGUCGGCAAUGGACGCGUACAAGUUUGGCCGCGGAGCGUUUGGGUCCGAAGACAUGGAGAACACGCAGCGGUGGAUGGCGGAGUCGCUAAGGCUUAUGGAUAUGGAACCUGAUAAUCAGAAAGAAAAACCCAAUCGGUUCUCUGUGCUUGAUCAUUUGGCUUGGUCCUCCUAUCAGGUAAUAUUAUCCCUGGGGUAAAGAUGUGAUCAGAUGGAUCAUUCGGCUUAGUCCUCGUAUUACGUAAUAUUAUCCAUGGGGUAAAGUUGUGCUUAAUCAUUUGGCUUGGUCCUCCUAUUACGUAAUAUUAUCCCUGGGGUAAAGUUGUGCCGUCCUCCUAUCUGGUAGUGUUAUCCCUGGGGUAAAGUUGUGAUGGAUCAUUUGGCUUGUUCCUUGUAUCAGGUAAUGUGAAUAUCCCUGCAGUAAAUUGGUGCUGUAUCAUUUAUGAGGUAAUAUUAUCCCUGGGGUAAAGUUGGAAAAACCCCUACCCUUUACCAAAGUACAUCGAAUACUGUUCACCUAACCAAAAGGUUAUUUUUUUUUCCUUUCUGUGUAGCUUGGAGACAUAAGGAAAGCUGUAAAUUAUACAAUUGCAGCAUUGAAAGUUGGUAAGCUUUAACAUGUAUCUAGAAUAAACGUAAAUAGUAAGAAUGGAAACUGGCCGGAGGCAAACCAGGUGGCUAUCUACAAGCGUGACUAGAAGCAUAUAACUGGCGUGACCGAUCGAGGAGUUGGCCGAGGAGUAACCAUAAACCGUAGCCGAAUAUGUUACCACUUAACUUGCCCAAUGUUUCCUUGUAACUUCGUUACAGUAUCUGAUUAGUUACAGAAGCCCAUAACCCGGAGCGUCUAACUUCCAUACUGCGCCUAUGCAACGGCGUUUUCAUAAGUAGGUCUAUUUUUAGAUAAGCCUUUCCCGCGAAUUGCUUUCGAAAAGCCAAUCACUAGCAAUUGCUUCAUCAAUGAUAAACUUUUAAUACGUAACUAGGACAACUCCUUGACAUUGAAAAAAACAUGGCGGACACACGUGAGGAAUCUUCAGAGGAGUCUUCUGACAGUACUUCAAGCGACAAUUUCAGUAUUUACACGGAAACUAGCAGUUCAGAGCAAGAUUUGCAAAACCUAACCAGGACAUCUACUUCAUCGGAGACAACGCAUAAUUCACGCAAAGGGAAUUAAAUCGAAAUCAUCUUCGAAAUAGCCGACUGUGAAAAGGUCCAAGCGAGCUACAAACAGUCUAAACGACGAUCAAAUAGAGGAAUUGACCUCGUGGAACAGUUAUUUUUCGCGGGAAAAGCUUAUCUAAAAAUAAACUCACUUGUGAAAACGCCGUUGCACGAAUUUAUGGCAGUUGAACACUCCAGGUUAUGGGCUCCUGUUAGUUACCACAAAAUCGUAAGUCGGAGUCUUGCUGGUGACUCACCCCCUCCCCCCCAAAUGCCUAUAUCGGGCGACAACGAUUCGUGGAUGCGUAUUUUUUGGAAAAACUGAGGAAAAAAUGUCCGUUUUCAAAAAGAUCGGAAUACCUGUGGACAGGGCCUGAAACUGGCAGAUCCAGAUCUUCAGAUAAGGGGAGGCCCGGUCAUACAGUCCCUGGGUUAAGAGGUGGCCCGGUCUCAAAAUUUUUUUUUCGUCCCUUCGGGCCUCAGUUUGGACUAAAAAUAAGGGGGGGGGCUCCCCGGACCCCUCCCCUGGACCCGCUACUGUGAAAUGCAUAACAGUGAAGGUCUUGGGAAAUCGCAAUACAGAGAAUAGGCAAACUGAUCGUUAAGAGUGAACACAGGUCAAGCUUUAACUCUGUAUGGACUAGAAGUUGUGUCUGUUUUUCAUUUCAGUUCCAGACCACGAGCGUUCGAUGACAAAUCUCCGUAUCUUCAUGGAGGCACAAAAACUGUUAGGAGAGAAACGAUCUGAGCAAAAGGAACCUAAAAAGCGCGAAUUCAGUUACCUCGCUACAAAACUUCCGCAAACGACGCUAAAAUCUUUUGACUGGAAUGUGGAAAGACGCAUAUACAAAAAGCUGUGUCGAGGAGACCCUAUGCCACGCGUGAGUAAUAACCCUCAGUCAGGCGAUCUCAUAUUAGAACACGGGCAUAAAUGAGGUCCGAUUCUGUUUCUUUUCGCUGUCCUUCCAAAUUAGGAAGCACCCAGUGACAAGGGUUAAUUAUGCCGCGCUAUUCGCCAUCUUUUUAAAAAGCUGAAACGUGUCUUCACGUCAAUUCAAUUCCAAAAAUAACGUUCCAGUUUUGUUAUUUAAGACUUCAUUUAGGCAUGGAAAGUUUUUCCUGUUGUCUGUUGCUACAGAUAGCAAUAAUGGAGAUGGAUUGAGCCCAACUUUUUCAAGUUUUAAUGCUAUGUUAAUGCAAAAAUCGCCUCCCCCAUGUAUUUUUUUAUCUAGAUCUUUUUCAUGACUCUAAAGGAGCAUUUAGUGUUAGAAUUGACCUAAAACAGCGAUAUUCUCGCGACAUAGCUCCUUUCACACUUAAAGUGCCAAGAAUGACCAACAUCAAUAUUCUCCUAACAAUAUCCAUGUAUAAUCAUGGGAAAGGGUAGGAGAAUUAACAAAAUGAUCAUCAAAGGAAUAAUCCUGUGAUCCAUUAUCAAACUCUCUCAACUUGUUCUUUAAGGAAAUAUAUGGAGCUCAGUUUGGAGAAUUUGCGUUUGGAAAUUGUGGCUUAAAGGGUUAAGCGCGCGAUAAACGCGGUGUGGACGACAAGUUUUGCCGUCUAGAAGGUGUCGCUGAAUCACGUCAAAGCUUUUUUUUACAAUUUGGCUAUCAAAACAAAUGUCUCGCAGUUAUCUAUCAUUAACGGAAACAGCGUCUCUGCAGAAAUCUUUUCUAGUUGAGUCAGGCCACACCUGACUCCUAGAUAACUGUGCAUUACUUACUCGUUCCAGGCUCCUCAAAGCUACUCGAGGCUGAAAUGUUUUUACAAGACAGGUCAUCCCCUUUGUACCAUCAAACGCUGUCCCAUUGAAGUCGUCUUCACCAACCCCGAUAUUAUGAUUCUGCAUAAUAUCAUGAGUCACGCUGAAAUCGACAAAGUUAUAAAGAUAGCAGAACCUUUGGUGAGGAAAAUAAACGUUAAAGAUAUAAUUGGUUUCUAUUUUGCCAGAUAUUUACUUCAUCAGAAAAAGUUUCGGAUCAUUAUACGUUUCUGGGAAACUGCCCACCUACCCCUCUCCUAAGUCAACAUUUUGCCCUAAGUGAGAAGUGAGUGUUAAUGUUGGCUUAGGGGAGAGGUAGGUGGGCAGUUUCCCAGAAACGUAUAAUGAAUUUUCAUCCCUUUUUUUUAGCCCUUAUCUUUAACCUUCCUUCUUUCGGUUCACUGCAUUUUGGUUAAGUUUUGCUAAUUUUUGUUUUGCAGCUAAAUAGGGCGACCGUUCAUAACCCUGUCACAGGGAAGCUAGAGUAUGCAAGUUACAGAAUAAGCAAAAGGUAUGUCUUGAUGUAUACAGUGUUCUGUGUGACGGUGAUGAUAAAUAAUAACGGUGAUGACGAUGAUGACGAUGAUGAUGAUGAUGAUGAUGAUGAUGAUGAUGAUGGUGAUGAUGGUGAUUACAAUAACGCUAAAAAUGUUACUGACGAUUGAUGCUGACCAUGGAGCUUAAAACGAUGAUGAUCUCGAGAAUGAUGGCGACUUAGUCAGUGAGACAGACACAGACCACUCGGUAAAUAAAGAUCGGAGUUCUCCCGCAGCAGUCAAACAUAUGGCCUUCUGGUUACUAGUUCAGAUGCUCCACUACUGAGCUGGAGUUGAGCGAAAUAAGACUCUAGGGAGCAAAGGCCACUAAAGUAAGUUCAUGUGACAAAAAUUGGGCACACUACUCGCACUGGAAUGUCGAUAGGUGGUAUAUUCGCAAUGAUCAUGUCUUGUUGACGCCUGCGAUAGUGACGAAGAUGAUGUUAAAGGUGAUGAUUUAUGAUAAUGAUGACCCGGAGUCUCGGAAAAGUCUUCUUCAGUUAGCUUUACAUACGAGGACAUUGACAAUGAAGGCUUUGACAAUGAGAUCGCCAAAGCACUAAACUGUCUCUAGCCAACUUCAAACAAGGCAUGAUUUUAUCUUUUAAAGAUUAUAUUACUGUAAUUACCUACCUUCAUUUUCAGCUGCUGGCUUAAUGAAGGGCACGAUGAGCUUAUCGGGAGAGUCAACCGGAGAAUGACAGCUUUGACAGGAUUGAAUUUGGAAACGGCAGAGGAUUUCCAGGUUAUCCCCUCUUUAUUUCUUUCCUCUCCUUGUUUUUCUUCUGUGGCUAUUGAACAGAACGUGUUGCGACAAAAUUAUUAUUAAAAGUCGGGGAGAAGGGUGGUGGGGGUGGGGGUCUUAAUGGAGGGGGGGCUUAUUACAAAGAUUAUGCUAUAAAGAAACUUAAUGAUAAACUUAAUGAUCAUUCGCACAUGAAAUAAGCACCAUUACCUAAUGUUGUACGACAUCGUGACACUUUGAACAACAUGGCUACUCAUAGUUUUUAAACUCUAAUUAGGAAAUAGCGCUGUAUUGUUGUUUUGAUGAGAACGCUGCUUUUUUGGAGGCAUGCACUCUAAGCAGUACAUUCUUUUUUUAAUAGAACCGUAUGGCUAUGAGGUCUUAAUGAUAUCUUGAGUCAUUCCCAGUCAUUCGUUGGUAAUGGUGUUGUCUGUUUUUUUGCAUAAGAUUUGAUGGUUGUUCUUGUGUGAGUAAAGUUGUUACUUAUCAUCUACGGUGGUUAUUUUCAUUAGGUCCAGAAUUAUGGAUUAGCCGGGCAGUAUGAUCCGCACUUCGACUUUUCGAGGGUAAGUUUGGUCAUGAAGUGCUUUAUGUUUUUGUGAUUAAGAUUUUGGUAGCCUGACACCAGCAGACGUUCUUUUGGCUCGUCACGCAAUCCUCUCCAAUGGUUUGUGGGGCAGGAACGUGCGACAUACUCCUUCGAACGUCUGCGUCCGUGGGAGGCUAGACACAAGGUCCCUUGGUGGGGAAAAAGGAAAAAAAAACUGGCGACCCUCUUACGUUUUCCCCUCACAGUCUCCUUGCGAUUUUAGCCUUCUUCCCCCAGACGGAGAGCCUGUUCACAGGCCAAGGCUUAACUAAUUUUAAUUGACGUGCAAAGGCCAUACAAAAGAGAUUGUUUUUUCCAUGAGCUCGGACUCCUUUGUUCUUGAAGAGAAGAAUUUUGGGCAUACCAAACAACUGUCUCAAAAAUCGGAUGCGGCUUUGAUUGUUUGAAGGAAAGGGCGGGGCUGAUUAAAAUGGAGGGGCAACCGUCAAAAUGCUAGGGGAGUAAGUCAUAUCCUCCCUCCAUUUUAAUGUGUAACCCUCUGCGUUAUAUUUUUAGAUGAAAAAAAAAAAAAAGUAUAUAUAUAUAUAAUACACAGGACAGUUUUUCAUGCCAACAUGAAAAGCUAUCCAGUACAGUACGAACGGCAACACAAGUCGUUCACACACAUCGAACAUCAUAUCGGAGUAGCUGGCCGGUUGCAUUCCUCGCUCCUUCGUAUUUACUUCCCCGGUUUUACUGUCCUAAUACCAAUUCACACUGCAAAGAAGAGUGCCAAAAACCUAUCCGAUAUGUGACGAUCGAGAUUCGAGACGCGGCGUAGCUUCACCCCGUUACAAAAAUAGUGCCUAAAUCACCUUUCUUAUGUGUGAACAGAAACUCUGCCCGGUAUAAUGUUCGCGUCGACGCAAGAGCUAUCCGGCAUAGUGUGAAUAAAGCCUUGCUGUUCAUGAAUAAAUUCAGUCAUUCAAGUGUUGUCAAACAUGGUUCUACAAUUGAACUUAGUAAACAGGUUUAAAGCGGCUGUGUCACGGCAGUCCAGUUCAUUUUGUUUAAUUUUGCAAAUUACUCGCCUUCAAUCGCUAUGGAACUUAAAGUAAGCGAAGAAAUUACAUGUAAAUGACAAAAGUACAGUGACUUUAAGAGACAUUCGCCCUUUCCUAAGUCCUGACUUCGUUAGUAAACUUACUUAGGGUAUUAACAAUAAAUGCCAAACCUGCGCGUCACAUUUAUGUUGCUGAGCCAUUGCACUCUUUUAUCCAAUGAGACUCGUAGACUCCACGACCGGUUGACUUCUUCAUGAAAAUUCUUGUCUUUAACAGAAGCGAUACCUCACCCAGAUUUUUCUUCUGUAAAUAAAUCGGUCAUGCGAUGUGUGGGCAUGGAAAUAGCUGCUUCCGGCUUGUUCGCUCCAUCCCUAAACAAAAUGUUUAAUAGUUUUCUAAAAGGUUAUGUUUUAGCUGCAUCCGAAACUGCUUUGUGCUGUAUAACGUUGUGACUUGCAACUAUUCGACGUGGCUGUUUCCAUCUUGACUACAAACAAGCAAUUGGAAACACGUCUUUGAAAAGCUGACAUAAUUAAAACCUUCGAGCUGUGUUAUUGCCCUAAUGCCAUCAUGGAACGCUUUGAAAACAAAAGAAGCGAAACAGUAGACGAGAUGUAUUUAAGGAUCCCUUGAGGAAUCCUUGCCAUAUAUAAAAUGGGCCAUUUAUCGCCAUUUUGGUCGCGGUUAUGUGAUUAAUUCAACCGGCGUUGAUUACGGAGUUCACAACAACGACGACGACAUUGAAAACGACACCAGUAAAAUGUAUUAGGUCCUUUAACCUUGAUUGCGAUUAUUCCAAAUCAUUUAACUUGUCAUUUGUUGGCGAAAUUUCCUGGAGUUGAAUUGAUGGAGACCUCAUUCAAUUUCAGUAAAAAAAAAAAGGAAAACGGGGAUUUCACGUCGUAGUCGUGCAGUGAAGGUAAAGAAAUGUACCAAAAAAAUAUGUAAUGCUCCUUCAAAAUGGGUGUUUCCGUUAUAAGCACUUUUGCCGCUUUUGUCGUCCUUGUCGCCGUCGUCGUAAUGGCCGCAUAAACUUCCUUUAAAUCUCAUAACCUAAGGAGUCAGGAUGAUAACCCUCAUUUGGGUCCAAGUGGCCGGGAGUGGCGCUGCCUGAAUUUAUUAACUACCACUUUGUUUUUCGGUCGAGCAAUGCACUCAGUCGAUAAGGCGAGGAGCUGCUUUGAAAAGCCAACGUUGGCGCUCAUGGGCUCACUUUCUGUGUAUGUGCCCCUAGUCUCUCACAACCCCUGUCUUAGUCACUUUCUGUUUAUGCAUCCACCUUAGAAAGCGUUUUAUCAAGGUCACCCUGAAAUGAAUUGGCACAUUUGUUACACUUAAUGUAGUAAAAAUCCCCACGGUUUCAAGUCCCAAAUUACCGGAAUUUCCUUACCCCCUAAAUCCCGAAAAUCUGCGAACCCAUUCUAGUAGCUCUAUUGAAAAUGCAACCCCUUUAUAGUUAGUCUAGUCGUAAAAAUGCGACCCUAUCCAGCCGCACAUCCCCAUUAGCCUAUUACUAGGAAGUGCUCCCCCCCGGGCGUUUCCGCGCAUCCGUACAGCCAAGAGAGAGCCUGUUUUUGUAUAAACAAGCUGUUUAAUCUUUUUUGUUGCAUUAUUUGUUUAAACGGACGAUAGACACCACUUAGGUGCCCCAGCCCCUCCCAAAGCGAUGCCUUACUUCAGCUCGGCCCUAGUUCCCGCUCCGUUUUUCCCGCGGGCUUGCCGCUUUCCGUGACCUUUCUCAGAUUGGGGUAUUUAGAUCAGAAGUGAGGGUUUCCGGUGUUGGUUUAAUACUGGAUUUAAACCAUGUACUAAAACUUUCACGGUUAUGUUUAUUCACUAGGACCUUGCAAAUUCCUCACUGGGUCAGCUGGGAACUGGAAACAGAAUCGCCACAGUUCUUCUCUACGUAUGUAAUAUGCUUAGCUGUUUUCGUGUAUAGAGCGUUUUCUUUAUCAAACAAGCUGGACAAAUAUCGUGCCCUUUUCUCGGCUAAUCAGAAAUAAACCAAAACAAUAAUGGCUUGCUGACGUGAGUUUUUCCUUACUUCGCGUCGGCUACAUUUACUUGCUUCGACUUUCGAUUGGUCCAUUUUUUCGCUUACUCGGUAUUGUGAUUGGCCAAAGUGACAACCUCGCCUUGGUUUUACGACACUUGCUGAGAACUGUCCUCGUUACGCAGAUAUCAUUUUUUGUUCGUUUGUUUUUAAUUGUAUUUGGGUAUUAAUUAAAUAAAGUAAAUAAAUAAAUAAACCAUUCUAAGUAGUAGUCACUAUCAAAAUCAAAGUAAAACAUUUUGAUCCAACCUUAGCUACUUCACCUUAUUUUCAUCACAUGGUAAACAACGCAGAGAACAAUUAUGGAUCAUUGGCCCAUCAUUGUUACCCAAUGUAUUGCUUCUGUGAAAUAUCUCAGUGCUCGUAAAAUGUCACUUGUCAUACAAAAAAGUCUAAUAUAUAAAAAAAAUAAGAUGAGAAUUCUCGCAAAGUGAAAUAAUGCUUUUUCUUACACCUUCAUAACAAUGGCCCUUAUCAGCCAUAUUCUUAAUUUUUUUGUACCUGAUUUUAUUUUUAGGCAUUUUGUAGUUUGUAUGUUGUACCUGUCUAGCGAUUUACAAUAAAAUCGUGGCUGAUCUUUUUACCAUUCAAUUUUUUUUUGGCAGUUUACUGAUGUCGAGGCUGGUGGCGCAACAGUAUUUCCUUAUGUGGGUGCUAGAGUCAAGCCGAAAAAGGUAAUUCCAACUGGGUGACUCGAAGUCAUUCAAGGACUUCGUCCACGAAGUUACUACCACUUUGUACAGCAUAACAAAUAGUGCCACUGGAAAGUACUGCUUAGUAGCUUUCAUUUGAAUGGUCACACUAUAGGAUUUCAUCCACAGACUCAAAAUUUAGAACCACCUUGUACAGCAUAAUAAACAGUACCACAUGAAAGUACUGCUCAGUAGCUUUCAUUUGAAUAGUCACACUUUAGGAUUCCAUCCACAGACUCAAAAGUUAGAAAAACCUUGUACAGCAUAAUAAACAGUACCACAUGAAAGUACUGCUCAGUAGCUUUCAUUUGAAUGGUCUCACUUUAGGAUUCCAAGUUAGAACCACCUUUCCAAUACCAUUCAACAUAAUUCUUCCUUACACCAACACAUCCCGCGUAAACGCCUUCAGGCGUCUUCUUGUUGCAGACAAUUUUUGCUUCUACGUUUAAUCGGACUGCUUAAAUUGUAACUCUUUAAUUAAAAUACAGAGCAAAUAUCUAACAAAGUACUUUUUUUUCAUUCUAGGGAGAUGCUGUAUUUUGGUAUAAUUUACUUCGAUCAGGAGAAGGAGAUUUUAGAACCCGCCACGCCGGAUGCCCUGUUUUAAAGGGCUGGAAAUGGGGUAAGAUUUGGUCGACCUACCCCUCCCCUAAGCCAACAUUAACACUUUCUUCUUACUUAGGGCAAAAGGUUGUCUUAGGGGAGGAGUAGGUGGGCUUUCCCAGAAACGUGUAAUGAUCCCAAAUUUGUUGACUAACUUUGUGGCUGGCGGUUUCCAAGACUACGGACCGCGAGAAUUUCCUUAUUUUCUUCAGGUAGAGUACAGUCAACUCUCUCUAAGACGGACACCUUUGGGACCGGCACAAAGUGUCCGUUUUACAGAGGUGUCCGUCUUAUAGAGAGUCAAAUAAAAGGAUUAAAGAAAGGCAGGGACCAACUCUAGGUGUCCGUUUUACAGAGGUGUCCGUCUUAUAGAGAGUCAAAUAAAGGGAGCAAAGAAAGUCAGGGAUCAACUCUUAGUGUCCGUUUUAGAGAGGUGUCCGUCUUAUAGAGGUGUCCGUUGAAGAGAGAGUCGACUGUAGUACCAAAAUCUCUUUCUUUCCGUUCCCUGGAGCGAGAGAGGAAUGGGAAAAGAGAAAUUCUGGGAAGCAGGUUGGAGUAAAACGAACGAAAAACACGAGCGCGCGUGAAGUCUCGUCCCGCGAAGAGGAGGGGCGGGGGGGAGUAAAGGGAGAGUGAUAAUAAGGGAUUGAUAGUCUAGCGGUUUUUAAUUCAUUGGAGUGCCAUGAAGAAACGAUCGCAUUCCAACGAAACCUAGAGUGUCCGUAGUCCCCAAAUUUCAUUGAGGUUAUGGAGAUCUAGCCUGCAAACAGGCAUAUUUUGCCUUGCGACCGAUGAUACCAUUCUUGGGACCAAUGCUCUUACGCCAACUUUGACUUUGAAACUGACAGAAAGUUGGGGCAAAAACGCAAAUCUUCGUCCCCACAGACAAUUUAAACAAUACGUUCUUCAGAUUUAUACAAAGAGAAAAGAAAUUCGUGUGAAGUGUGUACUGAUAGUCUGAGAAACAGCCGACAUUUCACGACGCGACCACAGGUUUUCCCGCCAAAUGACGUCUGAGCACCGUUUGCAGAAAUUCCAUACUGAUUACGCGUCACUACCCAGAUCUGGGUAGUGCUUCUGAUUGGUCGUGUCACGAGAGAAAUUUGCUUCAACCAGUCAGGAGCAUUACCCAGAUCUGGGUAGUGAACGUCAAUGGUAUGAAGUUUCUGCAGUCGUUGCUCAGACGUCAUUUCGCGGGGAGACCAGUGGUGGCGUCCUGAAAUGCUAGCCUGCGUGGCAGGCACUUGGAAGUAGUGGGCGAAAGAGAGAUUGGGCGCGCGCGAGGGAGACGCGCGUGUCUCCAUCUCGCGCGCCCGUUUUUUUUGUGCCCACUACUUCCAAGCGCCUGCUACGCAGGCUAUGAAAUGCCAGCUGAUUUUUUAGGCUAGUGUACCGGUAAUCGUGACUGCAGAUUACUUAGAACUAAAUUUCUAUCUUUCUGGUUUUACUUCAGUUUCAAACAAGUGGAUCCAUGAGCAUGGAAACGAAUUCACGAGGCCUUGUUCCGUGUCACCUGAUGAGUAAAAUGCAAGGAGACGUUUGAGAAGUGACAUAAGUUUUCAGUCCAUAAACAAUAGGGCAGGAAAUCUUUUGGAGCUUUUAAAGCUUUUUAAUCGUUUCUGCUGGUCAGUUUAAAUUCGAACUGUGCUUGUAACAACAACAGAUAAAUGUUGCAAUGUGCUGUAUGCUUCGCAAACGUUCCGAUUAUUAAGGAGUCAAGAAAGUGUAUUUUUAUUUUACUUUCACAAACAGAAGACUAGAAAAACGCGCUAAGAAUUGGUCUUAUUUUAGAUGGUUGCAUCUAUUUUUACAAAUAAAGUAAUAUUUCACCC